AUGAAACUCCUUUUAUUUCUCUGCUUGGUCUUGCCCAUCUCCCUUGCUGAGAAGCUCCAUAAAGAGGAAAGGGCAAACCAAUUUGAUACUGCUGUACCUGUCUAUCUUGCCUCCUUCUCGAUCGUUGUCGUCGUGUUCUCCAUGAUUACUGUCUUAUGUGCACAAUGGAGGACUGGCAGCUGCGGACCCGAUAGCGAAGAUGGUGACGUCCGUGUCCAUGGCGGCAGCUUAUAUGUCCACUUGAGAACUUUUCCAGUUGCAGAAGAAAUCAUCAAUUCGCUGCCUGUGCUCCGAUUCUCAUCUCUUAGCUGCUCGAGUGAAGGCCUCGAGAAAUGUCCCAUCUGCCUUGCCAAGUUUGAAGAAGCUGAUGCACUUCGUUUGCUGCCCAAGUGCAGCCACUCGUUUCACAUGAAGUGCAUAGACGGAUGGCUUCAGACCAACUCGACCUGCCCCGUUUGCCGGCAAAUGGUGGAGGCCCGAGACCUUUUGCAACCUCUGCAUGGCUCACCGGAUUCAGGCUGCUUGGAGAAAACAGCCGAGUGA